CAGAAGGGGUUGUGGAGGCGAUGAAUAAUCUGACUCGUUUGGUCUCAGAACUGUGCUCUUUUCCAUCUAUUCUAGAGAGAGAGGACACUGCCCUGGAGGUGACAGAGAGCAAUGCCACAUCAGUGGCGGACGGGGACAAACGGGUGAAACGGCGGCUGCUUAUGGAAACGUGUGCUGUCAACAAUGGAGGCUGCGAUCGCACCUGUAAGGAUACUUCGACAGGUGUUCAUUGCAGUUGUCCCGUUGGAUUCACUCUCCAGUUGGAUGGGAAGACCUGUAAAGAUAUUGAUGAGUGCCAGACCCGCAAUGGAGGUUGUGAUCAUUUCUGCAAAAACACCGUGGGCAGUUUUGACUGCAGCUGCAAAAAGGGAUUUAAAUUAUUAACAGAUGAGAAGUCUUGCCAAGAUGUGGAUGAAUGCUCUUUGGAUAGGACCUGUGACCACAGCUGCAUCAACCAUCCUGGCACAUUCACAUGUGCUUGCAACAAAGGGUACACCCUCUAUGGCUUUACCCAUUGUGGAGACACCAACGAGUGCAGUGUCAACAACGGAGGCUGUCAGCAGAUCUGUGUGAACACGGUGGGCAGCUACAAGUGCCAGUGCCACUCUGCAUACAAGCUCCACUGGAAUAAAAAAGACUGUGUGGAAGUGAAAGGGGUCCUGCCCACUAGUGUAUCACCCCACGUGUCCCUGCAUUGCGGUAAGAGUGGCGGAGGAGACAGGUGCUUCCUCAGAUGCCACUCUGGCAUUCACCUCUCUUCAGGACUGCAAGAUGCCUACUCUGUCACCUGCGGCUCUCCCUCUCCUCUCAGGAACAAACAUCAAAAAUCAAAUGACUCUGCUUUUGGGGAUGUCGCCACCGUCAGGACAAGUGUAACCUUUAAGCUAAAUGAAGGCAAGUGUAGUUUGAAAAAGGCUGAGCUGUUUCCUGAGGGUCUGCGACCAGUAUUACCAGAAAAGCACAGCUCAGUAAAAGAGAGCUUCCGCUACGUAAACCUUACAUGCAGCUCCAGCAAGCAAGUCCCCGGAGCCCCUGGCCGACCAAGCACCACUAAGGAAAUGUUUAUCACUGUUGAGUUUGAACUUGAAACUAACCAAAAGGAGGUGACAGCUUCUUGCGACCUGAGCUGCACUGUAAAGCGAACAGAGAAGCGACUCCGGAAAGCCACCCGCACGCUCCGGAAGGCUGCCCACAGGGAGCAGUUUCACCUCCAGCUCUCAGGCAUGGACCUCGAAGUGGCCAAAAAGUCUUUGAGAACAUCCGAACGCCAGGCAGAGUCCUGCGGAGUGGGCCAGGGCCAUGUGGGAAACCAGUGUGUCAGUUGCAGGGCUGGGACAUAUUAUGAUGGAGUACAAGAACGCUGCAUUUUGUGUCCAAAUGGAACCUUCCAAAAUGAGGAAGGACAAAUCACAUGCGAACCAUGCCCAAGACCAGAAAAUCCUGGGGCCUUGAAGACCUCAGAAGCUUGGAAUGUGUCUGAAUGUGGAGGUCUGUGCCAACCUGGUGAAUAUUCUGCUGAUGGCUUUACACCCUGCCAGCUCUGUGCCCUGGGCACAUUCCAGCCUGAAGUUGGCCGUACUUCCUGCUUCUCCUGUGGUGGAGGCCUCCCCACUAAACAUCUGGGAGCCACUUCCUUCCAGCACUGUGAAACCAGAGUUCAAUGUUCUCCUGGACACUUCUACAACACCACCACUCACCGAUGUAUUCGUUGCCCAGCAGGAACAUAUCAGCCUGAAUUUGGAAAAAAUAAUUGUGUUUCUUGCCCAGGAAAUACUACGACUGACUUUGAUGGCUCCACAAAUAUAACCCAGUGUAAAAACAGAAGAUGUGGCGGGGAGCUGGGAGAUUUCACCGGAUACAUCGAAUCCCCAAAUUACCCAGGCAAUUACCCGGCCAACACUGAGUGUACGUGGACCAUCAACCCGCCCCCCAAGCGCCGCAUCUUGAUUGUGGUCCCUGAGAUCUUCCUGCCUAUAGAGGAUGACUGUGGAGACUACCUGGUGAUGCGGAAAACCUCUUCAUCCAAUUCUGUGACGACAUAUGAAACCUGCCAGACCUAUGAACGCCCUAUUGCCUUCACCUCCAGAUCAAAGAAGCUGUGGAUUCAGUUUAAGUCCAACGAAGGGAACAGCGCCAGAGGGUUCCAGGUCCCCUAUGUGACAUAUGAUGAGGACUACCAGGAACUCAUUGAAGACAUAGUUCGAGAUGGAAGGCUCUAUGCAUCUGAGAAUCAUCAGGAAAUACUCAAGGAUAAGAAGCUGAUCAAGGCACUGUUUGAUGUCCUGGCCCAUCCCCAGAACUAUUUCAAGUACACGGCCCAGGAGUCCCGGGAGAUGUUUCCAAGAUCUUUCAUCCGAUUGUUGCGUUCCAAAGUGUCCAGGUUUUUGAGACCGUACAAAUGAGUCUGCCCACAUGCCACUUAGUUCCAUGUUCUGCCUGUGGGCUGGUGGGACACAGCUGUCUGCUUCCGCAGCCAGCAUAGUCAGAUAUCACUGCCUCCAGUAGCAGUGACUCGUUAGAGUUCCAUUUUUAUAGAUAAUACAUAUAUUUUGGUAAAAUGAACUUGGUUUUUCUUUCUCAGCAUUGUGAAUGUGGACUGAGAAAGGCUUGGAGUCAUACCCGCUCCUCAUUGCUGUGGGCAGAUAUGUCUUAGAUACAUCAAGGGCUGGCUGAGCUGGACCUCAGUCAGCUCAGGUGAGACUCACCUGUCCUUCCUGGUUCUCACUCCUCCCCAAGUGGGCUGUGGUGGAAAGGAGGCCACAGAAGGGGCUGCCUCACCUGAAACCUCAGCUUCCUCCAGCCCAGCCCUCCCUAAGGGAGCUCUCUGCAUCCAGGUACAAGCUCUGACCACGCAGAUCAGGAAAAGGGAGGUAGGGGAGAGGAGGGAGGGAGAGCCCUCUAGACGCCAUCCACACACCUGAGACCUGGUAGGACUCUGUUUCUCCGCAGCCUUCUUCUCCAGGUUGUGUGGCCUAAGUUUGAUCCCAGGAUCUUGAGUUCUAAGCAUUGAUCAUUAAAAUACACUUAAAACAGAAAGAAUUAGAAAUAAAAAGAUAAAAACUAA